AUGACUUGUGGGUUUAUAAAAGGCCCCUACUUUGUGCGUUGAGCACAAUUUUGCGUCGCAGUCAAAAAGAGGGUCAUUUUUUUUAUGAGUUCGCAGAAGAAUGUGGCGUGUGACUACCGCGGCAUGUGUGGUAUGUGCAGUCUUCGUGCUUAGCAUUUCACAGCUCGUGGCUGCAGUGGUUGUGCCGAUUUCUGUAAUUGUAGGCGGGAAUACUUCAUGUUCUUUAGUAUCAGGGAAGCGGAUUAUCCCCGCUGUGGAAGUAGCGUUGGAGACGAUAUCCCACCGCAUCGUCAAUGACAAGUACGCCAAUUUCUCCCUGACGUGUGUAUUUUCCUAUCUGGGAUGUUCAGAGCCCUUACGAGCCGAUGUGGCAGCGGUGUCGGCGCUGUACCACAAGGGGGAGGUGGCAGCUUUCCUCGGCCCGCCUUGCCUCGACGCCCUGGUGGCGGCCGCGGACUUGUCCGCUGCCUGGAAUCUCCCCCUGUUGUCCCCCAGCGCUAACUCAGACGUGCUACAUGACAAGGAGAGAUUCCGGACACUCACGCAGGUGGCUUACCAGACGAGUACCCUCCAGGACUUUGUGGUGACACUGUUUGAGAGAUUCCAGUGGAAAACCACUGUGAUCAUCUUCGAUUUGGCUCAAAGGGAUUUGGCGCUUACCAUCGCUCACGCUCUACAUGCCCGGCAUGUGGAAGCUCAUGCCCAUUUGCUUGCCUCUGAGAGCUCAGUCGGCAUACAAAACAUGCUCGAAGAAGAAUCUACUGUUUCGAGAAUAAUUUUCAUCAGUGCUGACGGUAAUCUGGUUCGUAAGAUCAUGAUCAGCGCAUAUCACCUAGGCAUGGUCUCCGGCGACUAUGUAUUCUUCAGCUACCACCCAUUCAACAACACCAAAUCCUUUGGGCGUGACUCGUGGAAUCAGGGGGAUGAAUAUGACGAUAUAUUGAAGGUUGCCUAUCGCGCACUCAUGACCAUCCGUCUGUUCGAGCCCACCACGGCGGAAUACGUCGCCUUUCAACACGAGAUCAAUGACCGCAUGCAGCGCUACUACAACUUCACGCCUGAACCUGGGGACGAGGUUAACUUCUUUGCCACGUCGUUCCACGAUGCCCUUAUCCUGUACUCCCUGGCCAUUAAUGAGACUCUACACGAGGGUGGUGACAUCCGUGACGGCAUGGCGCUACGAGAGAAGAUGUGGAACCGCACUUUCCAAGGGAUCAGUGGAGAAGUGGGGAUUACAGCUAAUGGCGAUCGUGUAGCAGUCUACUCCCUCUGGGAUAUGACCGACACUGAAAACGGCAUCUUUGAGGUUGUUGCUGAUUACUACGGCAUCUCGCAAGAGAUUAAGUUCCACAAGCCGAUCAUCUGGCACGGGGAGACGGGGGAAGUUCCCAGGGACACGCCCAUCUGCGGAUUCUAUAACGAGAACCCCGACUGUAACCCACAAGAAAACAACACAGUGCUGAUGGUAUCCACGAUCUUAGCUGCCUGUCUGGUCCUCAUAUCUGUCUGCGUGAUGUUCGUUGUCUACAGGAGAAUGAAACUGAACUCGGAACUUAUGAACAUGUCGUGGAAAAUCCGCUACGAAGAUUUGGUCUUUACGGAUACGUUCAGAUCCGUGUCGUCGUCCAUUCGAUCUUUGUCCAUCGGAAGCGCAGACGCGGAUGGUAACAACCGACGCCAGAUCUUCACUAAAGUCGCACAGUAUGAGGGUCGUACGGUAGCGCUGAAGCCCUUGUACGCCGAGAAACUGGAGCUGACGAUGAGUCUGCUGAAGGAAUUCCGCAAGCUACGGCGCAUGGAGCACAGCAAUGUAGUUCGUUUCGUUGGUGCAUGCAUCGACGGUCCUGACGAUUUAAAGAACGCCAUCAUCACUGAAUACUGCAAUAAAGGCAGUUUACAGGAUAUCCUGGAAAACGAUGCCCUCAAACUGGACACCGAUUUCAAGAACUCUCUCCUGCUUGACGUUGGCCAGGGACUGCACUUCCUUCACCACAGCGAGCUGGGAGUGCACGGUCGCCUGCGCUCCUCCAACUGUGUGGUAGACAGCCGCUUCGUCAUCAAGCUAGCGGAUUUCGGCUUGCUGGCCUACAGGGACCACACUUCGGCCGACGAAGGACGUGCUGAAAUGACAAAAAGUUUGUGGAAAGCGCCCGAGUACCUCCGGCAACCCAGCAAAGCACCGACUAAAGAGGGCGACAUUUAUGCAAUCGGUAUCAUCAUGCAGGAAGUUGUGACUAGGGGAUUGCCCUUUGACCAAGAGCGACGCGCGAACAUGGACAUCAAAGCUAUUCUAGAGAAGCUGACCUCCCCGCCCCCGUCCUCCAAGCCCUUUAGACCCCAGGUCGUGUCCGGUGACUGCAGCCCACAGAUGCACGCUAUCAUGGCCAAGUGCUGGCAGGAGGCGCCCGCCGAUCGCAUCAGCUCUGACGCGUUACUGUCCGAAAUGAAGAAAAUGUGCAAGGGCGGUUCUGGCGGCAUCAUGGAUAAUCUCCUGAAUCGCAUGGAGGCCUACGCUAACAACCUGGAGGGUCUGGUGGAGGAGAGAACCUCAGCCUUCCUUGAGGAAAAGAAGAGGGCUGAGACGCUGCUGUAUGAGGUGCUACCCAAAUCCGUCGCAGAUCAGCUGAAGGUCGGCUCACCCGUCAAUCCAGAGUCAUAUGACAGUGUCACUAUCUUCUUCAGUGAUAUUGUCGGGUUCACUGAGCUGUCUUCUCGAAGCAACCCAAUGCAGGUGGUGAAUCUGUUGAACGACUUGUACACGUGCUUCGAUGAGACUAUUGGCAAUUUUGACGUCUACAAAGUUGAGACCAUUGGUGAUGCAUACAUGGUGGUGUCGGGCCUGCCGAUCCGUAACGGCAAUGCGCAUGCGUCCCACGUGGCCAACAUGGCGCUGGCGUUGCUAGGCAGCGUCGGGACGUUUAAAGUUUCCCACCGUCCGGACUGGAAGCUCCGGCUGCGGGCUGGCAUACACUCAGGAGCUUGUGUUGCUGGUGUAGUGGGUCUCAAGAUGCCUCGCUACUGUCUCUUCGGUGAUACAGUCAACACAGCGUCUAGGAUGGAAUCCAACGGAGAACCUCUGAAGAUUCAUAUCAGCGACUCAACUGCGGGCAUUCUUCGUGAGGAAGACGUUUUCGACAUCGAAGACCGAGGCGAAAUUGAAAUAAAGGGGAAAGGACUACAGAAAACCUACUGGUUGAUGGGACAGAAGUAGCGUCAUCUACAAAUAAAACACCAAGUCUGGAUAUGACCAACAAAUUAUUGCAUUCAUGCAUAUUAAGAAGUUUAUUUGUUUUGUCACUACUGCCGUUUUGUGAUAAUUUGGUCAUUGUUUCUUCUAUUUCCCCCCUUAUUUUCAACGAUGGAAAGACGAGAGAGUUAUCAUCGCCUUUAAGAACGUAAUCAAUUUUAAUGCACUUUAAUUAAUUAUAAAUAAUGCCACGUGAUUGUCACGUACGAUUCUAAAACUACGGUAAAUGUAGGCCUAGUUGUUUUAUUCGCUGUUUUGUUCAUACAACACGCCACGUUUAAUGCAUUUUAAAUUGUCACACUGUAACCGCGGGUAUACGUAUAUACUAUUUAUUCAAAAGCUUAUAUUUUACGUAAGAUUUAAUUUCCAGUGUUUCUAUCACCAGUCCCUCACAGAUGCAUCAAAUCGUGUCCUUUGUAAAUAUAACUUAAACAAUGGGUGUCUUUCACAUGAUUUUUACAAGUAAAUGUCGAAGAAAUAUUGUUGUAAACUUAGUUUUAGUUUUCGAAAGGGUCAUUAAGCCUGCAUAACAUACUUUAAUGGCCGCAGAUGCUGUUGCCGGAAAUUGAAGGUUAACAGAAUAACAUCAAUAGUAUUAUUUUUUUCGAUCAAACAAAUAUGUGAGGCCCAUUUCUUUAUUUCAAACAAAAAUGUCGGUUAGACAAACCUGAAACGUAUUGACAACUACAAAACGGUCAUAGGUGAGAUUCUUCCAGGAAUUGUCUAGACAGAAUUGAUUGUAGAUUGUAAAAUAGCCUGAAUGAGAA